AUUUGUUUCGUUUCUUUGCACGUUUUCAGCUCCAAUCAUUCAAUCAACUUCUACAUCGCACUGCAGUUCAGAGAUCUGGGUAGCUUCCAAGCCUACAGCGGGGUGCAAUAAUCUCUAGAGAACGAUCCCGAAACUCUCGUAGAAACAACAAAUUUGAUUUCUAUCGUGGGAGGAGUGUUAUUCAGUGUGGGAAACCAAGAGGGAAAACCACCAACAAGAAAGAUGGCUGCCCCGAAUGUUCCAGCCCUGGCAAACAUUCCCUCGGCUGAUCAGGAAUCGUAUGAAGAGCAGAAUGUCCAUGAAGUGUACCAACAAAUUGCCAGUCAUUUUUCCUCCACUCGUUAUAAGCCUUGGCCCAUUGUGGAACAGUUUCUUAGAGGUUUAGAGCCCGGUUCCGUUGGUUUGGAUGUGGGAUGUGGCAAUGGCAAGUAUCUGGCCGUGAACCGCGAGGUCUUUAUUGUUGCUUCGGAUAGAUCCGCGAAUUUGGCCCAAAUUGCACAAAAGCAUCAGCCACAUUCAACCAUCAUAGCCGAUAUUCUCCACCUCCCACAUCCCGAUUCCUUCUUCGACUUCGCCAUCUCGAUUGCUGUCGUCCACCACCUGUCCACGCCUGAACGAAGGGUCCAAGCUAUCCGCGAGAUCCUGCGUACGCUGAAACCUACUACCGAAGAUUCUCCGGGUGGGAGAGCGCUGAUCUAUGCUUGGGCCCUGGAACAGAAAAGCAGCCGUAGAGGUUGGGACAAAGGUGAUCCGCAAGAUAUAAUGGUUCCCUGGGUCAUGAAGGGAACCCCUUCUGCAGACGCUCCUUCCAACGAGCCCAAGGUGUUCCAUCGGUAUUACCACCUUUACAAGGAGUCGGAACUCGAGCAGGAUAUCAACAAGGCGGGAGGCCAUGUCCUGGAAUCAGGAUAUGAGAAAGACAACUGGUGGGCGAUCGCAACACGGAUAAACCCAGGAUCACCAUGAGAUACAUGAUUGCAGUGGGAUCAUCGAGAUCCAGCCUCGAAGCCCGUCUCCCACAUCUGCAUAGCACUCACGACAGGAAUGACGAUACGAGCAUUGGACUCGUCAAAUUGAGGCCUCCUCUCGAAGGUGCCUUUUCAUGUGUAGCAAGAUCAAAGCCAGAUGAGGAUAAUGAAAAAC